UGUUAAAGCCCAGUUUCAACGGCCCAUCUAUAAAUAUGUCUUCUGCAUCUCUGCACCCAAACCCUAGCGGAGCGCACGCCUUUCUUCUCCUCCUCGUCGGUCGUCUUUGUUCCGGUGCAGUUAGUUCUUCAGUAAUGGCGACUGUGCCAGUUAACCCAAAACCUUUCUUAAACAAUUUAACUGGAAAGCCUGUGAUUGUAAAGUUGAAGUGGGGAAUGGAAUACAAAGGUUAUCUUGUGUCAGUAGAUUCCUACAUGAACUUGCAGUUGGCCAAUACUGAAGAAUUCAUUGAUGGCCAAUUUACUGGAAACCUGGGGGAGAUUCUCAUAAGGUGCAACAAUGUUUUGUAUCUUCGAGGUGUGCCAGAGGAUGAAGAGAUUGAAGACGCUGAUUGAGGAUGGUUAUUUUCUCGUUCUUAUUUUACAAACUUUGCAUGCACAUUUUAAUGCAGUCAGAUUAUUGUAACCUAGUGAAACUUGAAUUGGAAUUUUUUAGAUUGUAUGUAUUUUACGUCUUGCACUAAGAACUGAUACUGGAUGAACUUAAGCUCCUUUUUACCUCCGAUCA